GUCGCUCCCGCGCGGGGCCCCAGACGCGGCAGCCGGCGUCCCGGGGAGCCCUCCACGCCCCGCACCCCCAUGGGCCAGGCGGCCCUGGCCGCGGGCAGCAGCGGCACCCCGAGCCCGCGGGCCCCGUACCCCGACCUCUCCUGCCCCCGGGGCCUCGAGGAGCUGCUCUCGGCGCCCCCUCCGGACCUGGGCACGCAGCGGCUGCACGGCUGGAACCCCGACGACUGCUCCGAGAACAUCGAGGUCCAGGACGGGGGCUUGUGCUUCGAGCGGCGGCCGGUGGCCCAGAGCACCGACGGCGCCCGGGGCAAGAGGGGCUACUCCCGGGGCCUGCACGCCUGGGAGAUCGGCUGGCCCCGCGAGCAGAGGGGCACCCACGCCGUGGUGGGCGUGGCCACGGCGCUGGCACCCCUGCAGGCCGACCGCUACGCGGCGCUGCUGGGCAGCGACGGCGAGUCGUGGGGCUGGGACCUCGGGCGGGGGACGCUGUGUCAUCAGAGCAAGGGGCCCGGGGCCCCCCACUACCCCGCCGCCGGGCCGCAGGACGCGCCGCUGGAGGUGCCGGAGAGGCUGCUGGUGGUACUGGACAUGGAGGAGGGCACCCUGGGCUACGCCAUUGGGGGCACCUACCUGGGCCCCGCCUUCCGCGGACUCAAGGGCAGGACCCUGUACCCGGCCGUGAGUGCGGUCUGGGGCCAGUGCCAGGUCCGCAUCCGCUACCUGGGCGAGAGGCGAGGGGAGCCACACACCCUCCUGCACCUGAGCCGCCUGUGUGUCCGCCAAGCGCUAGGGGACUCCCGGCUUGGCCAGGUGUCCGCUCUGCCCCUGCCCCCUGCCAUGAAGCGGUACCUGCUCUACCAGUGAACCCCAGGACCCGGAGUGCGCUGACGCCUGGACAUGACCCUCCAUUCUCUCCAGGGG